AUGGCGGUCAUGUCAACAGCGAGUCAAUUCCCCCAAGUGGGUUUCAUCGGUCUCGGGGCCAUGGGCUUCGCCAUGUCGACGCACCUGGUCCGGACGGGGUUCCCAGUGACCGGUUUCGAUAUUUACGGACCAACGCUGGACCGCUGGCGGGCGACGUGCGACGAGAUCCCCGAAUCUCGUGCCAAAACGGCCAGCUCGCCGGCAGAAGCCGUCAGAAAUGCUGUGGUUGUGUGUCUGAUGGUGGCCAACCAUCACCACGUCCACUCCGCCCUGUUCGACGACAACGGGGCGGUGCAUGCCCUCCCCAAGGACUGCACGGUCAUCAUACACGCGACGAUCCCCCCAACACAGCCGUCGACUAUACGUGAGCGGCUGACCAGCGAAUUCAACCGUCCGGAUGUGCGCUUGAUCGACGCUCCUGUGUCCGGCGGUGUGGCGCGAUCUGUCAACGGCACAUUGACGAUCAUGGUGUCUUCAGACGAUAUGAAGAACCUACAGGAACCCAAUGCGAAGACGGUGCUCGAGAACGUCGCCAGCAAGGGCAAGACGCUGUUCCCCAUCCCCGGCGGCUUGGGCGCGGGCCAGUCGGCCAAGGCCCUGAACCAGGUCAUGUGCGGGAUACAUAUCCCCUCGGCAUCGGAAAUCAUGGGUCUGGCAGCGGUCAGCGGCGUCGACACGCAGAAGUUCUACGACGCACUGACCACCAAGGACCCCGCGACCGGCAAGAUGCCGCUGGGGUGGAGCUGGAUGUUCGAGAACCGCGGCCCACGCAUGCUGAGCGCGGACCCUCCCAUGGCGUCGGCGACCGCCAUCAUCAACAAGGACGUCGGCAUCAUCCGCGACGAGGAGGUGCGCCUGGGCGUCGAGCUGCCGCUGCUCAACGCGGCCAGCGAGGUCAUCAAGCAAGUCAUGAAGACACACGCGUCCGCCGACGACAGCUGCAUCGUGCAGUACUACCUGGGCUUCGACUCGGACCGGGCAAGCCUGGUGGUGCAACGGGCGGGGAACCCGGCGGGCAGCACAUCAGAGCAGCAGCAGCAGCAGCGCACGAUCCGGACACUGGCCACCGCGCACGCCGUGGUCCACCUGAUCUCGGCGUACGAGACGACGCAGUUCGCGCGCGCCCUGGACCUGAUGCGCCCGGAGCAGAAGAAGCAAUGGUUCAACAUCAUCUCGGGCGCCGCGGGCGGCAGCACCGUCUUCUCCGAGGUGAUUCCGCGCGCGUUCGACGAGGAGACCGACGGUGACAGCGGCAGUGGCAUCGAGGCCGCGUUCCGCCAAUAUGCGCGCGAGAAGUUCGGCCACCCGGACGUCGUGCCUCAGGUCACGGAGCUCAUUGACGCCGCCAAAAGUCAGGGGUACGUGCCGGCGCUGCUGGAGGCGGCCUUGACAAACCUCAAGACCUUGCUCGGCUGA